AUGGCACCCAGAAAGGAAAACAGCAAGGCCGCCGCCGCCAACGAACGCAAGGCAGCCUCUGCCAACGCUAAGAACGCCAAGGAAGUCGCCGCCGCCGAGGCCAACAAUGCUGCUGACUGGGCCAAGGGCGCCAAGGGCAACAAGAAGGAGGCUGAGGAGCAGAAGAGACAAGAGCAAUUGGCCAAGAAGCGAGAACUUGCCCGUGCCCUCGAGGAGGAGGAGAAGAGCCUUAAAAGCAAGCCCACUAAGCCCGUCAAGGGUGAGGAGAAAAAGGCUAUCAAGAAGUCCGCAAAGGUUGAGGCCUUUGGUAACGAGGUCAAGGUUGUUGAGGAGUUCGCUGCUUCCAACAUUGAUGAUGCCCUCGAUCUUUUGACCCUCACUGGCGCACCCGCCGGCACCAACGGCCCCAUCACCACUGGCAAGGGCAAGGAUGUCGACCGUCACCCCGAGCGUCGUUUCAAGGCUGCGUUCGCUGCAUAUGUGGAGCGUGAGAUGCCCAUCUUGAAGAAGGAGCACCCUGGAUUGAGACAGAACCAGAUGCAGGAUUUGCUUUACAAGCAGUUCCAGAAGUCGCCUGAGAACCCCUUCAACCAGGCCAACGUCCUUGCCUACGAUGCCAACAGGCAGGAGGAGCGCGAUCACAUUAACGCUCGCAAGGACGAGAUUUCUACCCGUCUUAAGGCCUAA